AUGGUUGAAUUCAUUAACAUGUAUAUAUUGAGAUCUCGUGCUGGAGAGGAAGAACACCUAGUAGUAUGCAUUAUAUCUCUAUUCGCAGAAGGAGAAUAUGUUCCUCUUGAAAAAGAACAGCAACCUAACAUGCCACCUGAACGCUCCAGAACAGCUUCAGUAACUGAACCUGAACCAGAAAUCGUACUACCUGAGUUUGCAGAUGAUGAUUUUCCAGAUAUACCAGAAAUGGAAAUAAUUAAAAGGAAGAUUGACCUUUUCAUGCAUGACUGGCAAACAGUGGAGUCAGAAAUCAAGCAGUCAUCUCUAGUUCAGGUUGUUGUUUUAGAGGUUGCUGAGCAAACUCCAGAAAGUCUGCUUAAUCAAAUUGUGCAGGUUAUGGAAAAACCUUUUAAAUAUCACGGUUGGGAAUUAUCUGCUGAAGACUUAGAUGAGGAAGCAGAAGAUCUGGCUGCUGAAGAGGAAGAUGAAGAAGAAGUUGAAGAAGAGGAAAAUGAAGAUGAACAAGAUGAAGAAAAAACUAGGGAAAAGAAAAGGCACAUGGGAGACACUAAACACUUUUGUCCAGUCAGUCUGAAAGAGAACUUUGUCCUUUACCCAGGACUCUAUGAACAUGCAGCUAAAUAUCGAGAAAAGCUUUAUUACUUUUCAACUUCUGAGUACAGAGAUAAAUUUUUGAAGAACCCUGAGGAGUAUGUGGCUCACAAUGAACCAAUACAAGCUCCUCCCUUACGAGUGUUCUUACUUGGGACUCAUGGAGCAGGUAAAACUACUUGUGCACGACAGAUAGCAGACAAAUUAGGCAUUUUCCAUAUUCAGUUUGAAGAAUAUCUACAGGAAUUGAUCUUACCCAAAACUAAAGAGAAAGUUGGGCCUGAUUUUCAUGAAGAACCUGAAGAAGAUGACAAUAAAAUGCCAAUUCUAUCACAGGAACUGGACGACUUCUCUCAGACCGUGUCUAAAAUUGAGGCUGAAAAAAGCAAACAGCCUAUUCCAGAAGUGGAAUUAACUGAUGAGGAAGAAGCAAUCAAAGCAAAUCUAAUGGUUAAUGAGGAACUGCCUCCAGAAGUCCUUGAUAACAUUGUUCUUGACUGGUGGAGGAAAGAGCCAUUCCGAUCCACAGGAUUUAUACUGGAUGGUUUCCCUCGUACUUUAAGUGAAGCCCAGUAUUUGUCAGAACGAGGACUCUGUCCUGAUGUUGCAGUUCAUAUUCAAGUAAAAGAAAGUGAUGUUCUUGACCGUCUUUUUCCUCCACGUCUGAAAAAAUGGAAAGAAAGACAGUAUAAAAAAAUGGAAAAUAAAAAGAAACUGAAAGACCUGAAAGCAAAAAUAAGGGAUGAGAGGAUUGCUAGAAGAAGGGAAGAACUUUUAGCAGAACAAAAGCAAAAGAAACAGGAGAACACAAAUAAGAAGCAUUAUGAAACCACUGAGGAGGAAGAUGAGAAUGAAAAUGAAUAUGUUGAAGCUAUACUUGAAGAAGAGUUUUUAGAAGAAGAAGAAGAAGCUGAAGAAGAACAGGAGAUUGAUGCUGUUGACCGCAUAAAAAAGGAAAUUGCAGAAAAGUUUGAUUCAGAAACAGACAGUUUACAAGGUGUACAGGAAGAACUGGAAAAAAUGUUAAUACCACAAAUCAAGAUCAGUGGAGGACGGAAGCCUCACAUCGUACGCUAUCAAAUAUACAGCAAGCUGAAUUCUCUAAUGGAAAAUCGUGCAAGCAUUUUUGAGAAAUGUUACCCCAUAAGUUUGCCACUUGCACUUAAGAUGCUAAUUUUCUCAUAUAAAUUUCCAAGUUCUUUUGGUCAGUGGGAUCCAAUCAAGCUAAGUGAAGGAGAUGUAAUCAAGCCACAACAAAGCUAUGAAAACAGAGUCUUUCCUGUGAUCCAUCGACAAUAUAUUUAUUUCUUUUCAAGUAAAGAAAAUAAAGAAACAUUUAUGAAAAAUCCCAUCAAAUAUAUUCGUCAGCCAAAACCUAAACCAGCUGUGCCAGUUAAGAUUGCAAUCGUGGGACCUCCAAAAUCAGGAAAGACUACAGUUGCUGAGAAAUUUGCUAGUGUAUACGGGUUACUGCGCCUGAGCAUGGGAGAUGCCAUACGGCUAGUGUUAAACAAUCAGCCAGAGAGCGAGCUGGCGCUUACCUUAAAGUGGCAUCUUCACAAGGGACUGACCGUGCCUGAUGAACUGGCCAUCCAGGCUCUGGAUGUGGCUCUGAUGAAUCACAUGUGUAAUACCACCGGAGUUGUAAUUGAUGGAUAUCCUGUAACAAGAAAACAAGUAAACCUCUUGGAAUCAGCUAGGAUAAUUCCAGUGAAAAUCUUUGAAUUAGAAAUGGAUGCAAAGGAAGUGUUCCGAAGAGCACUGUUGGAUAAGGAAAGCACGAAUAGAUCUUCUCACUCUGACAGCUCACAGAUUCUAGCUAUUAAAAAUUCCUGCUAUAAACAGCACAUUGAUGCAAUUAGGACGUACUAUAAGAAGGAGCAUCAGAACUGGUGUGUGAUUGAUGCCUUUCAGAGCAAGUGGUGGAUCUGGAAAAAAGUACUGCAGGAAGUUCAAGUGGUUGUUAAAGAAAUCCAGAUAUACCUGGAAAGAAUAAGAGAAGGAAAAGCAGCUAGCAUUGCUGAUUUAUGUAUCACUCCCGAAGAGCUGCAGUGUCGGCUGGGGGAGUUUGGCCAGUACUGUCCUGUCAGCCUUGCAGAAAAGGGUGAACUGGUUGACUGCUCUGUAACAUCGUCAUUGCAGUUCGCUGCAGAAUUCCGAGGACACUAUUACAAAAUGGCUUCACAGGAAGAACUGGCUAAAUUCUUGAGCAGACCAGAGGUUUAUGUGCCACCACUGGCACCUCACCCUCUCCCACCCCCGGAUAUGCUUCCAAAGAAAUUGACUGCAGCAGAAGUGAAGGCCUUAUUCCCUCUAAGUGCUGAAAUGCAGGGAUACUGUCCAGUCACUUACCUAGAUGGAAAACAGAGAUACAAAGCUCUGGUGCCUGGCAACAUUGAGUAUGCAGCGAAAUAUCAAGAUAAGGUAUAUAUUUUUGAAAGUGAGGAAAAACUUCUGAAGUUUAUGAGGUUACCGGAGAAGUACUGCAACCUGAAGCUUCCACGUAAACUCCCGCCAAUAAAGGAGCCGAUGCUACUCACUGCACUUCCUCUGGCUGGAUACCUUGAACAGGGAGUAGCAACCUCUCUAAUAAAAGCUCUGAAUGAAGUAGGCUGCUUAAAGCCAAAGUUUCCAUUUCUAAGUGUAAAAAAAACUGCUCUGCUGUUCGUCGCCUGCCAUUUAAAAG